GCGUCAGCCACCCCGUCAGUUGGGGCACCGCCAUACCGUCGAAUGCUGCUGGCAGUUGUGAUCGCGACACCUUUCCCGAGAAUGAAUUUGCAGUUAUGUGUCGUGGCGACACGCUAUGAUGGGGUGUUACGGGGACGUGAUCGCGUAGGGCGCACUGUCGCGCGAUAGCUGCCACCCCCAAUCAACCCGGUCAAUCAACCGCUCAUCCGUUCAUCCGCAGGGCUACAUCCGUCCACCCGCGUCUAAUCAAGAGAAUCUUGUCCUGUCCGCUAGCCAAAGUGUUCGUCGUGCGCCGAAGGUGCCUCCCCAACUGACGGAUUGCUUUAGAGGGCUCGCAAUUUAGCCGGAAAUAAACAAACAGGGCGGGCCGAAGACGCUGGAAUAACGCAGUUUCACUCCCCUGACGGCAGAUAAUCAUCCAGUCCGAAGGUCGGCUCGGCGACAGAACCAUGAUGAACCGGGAAAACGAAGAACAGCGGCCGAUUGCCCAGACGCUGUGCGGUGCGCUGCAAAGGGAGCCAAAUUGCAAAUGCCUGCUGCUGUCGUUGCUGAUCUACAUCUGCAUCGCCGCGGUAACGUGGUGUAGAUGCACCAACGUCACCAAGCUGAUGGUCAACUACGCCAAGUUCCCCAUCAGAAGCUCCAAGCAUAUCACGUCUCCCUGCGACGAGGGCUACAUAUAUAUUCCGGUGGCAUUUAUGGGAAUGCUAUAUCUAGUUUAUCUGGUGGAGUGCUACCACUCGCCCAUCAGAAUUGAUCUAUUACACGCCGAGAGCCAGGACAGUGUGCUGUCGAAACUGGCACAGCUGAAGAUGGCACGACCGACUAUAUGGUGGAGGGCCGUUUCCUACCACUACGCGCGCAGGAAACGACAAAUCACGCGUUAUAGGAACGGGGAUAAUUACAUUACCACGCAGGUCUACUACGAAAGAGUGAACACACAUGUGGCCACUUCCUCCUAUUACUACCAUUACUGCGGCGUCAAGGAUAUCAGCAAGGACCUGGUGCUCGGAGCAAAGAUACCGAUCACGAAGAUCAUGCUCACCAAGGGCUUCGCCUUUUCAAACAUGACCUCCGCCACCGAGUUCGAGGAGAUCCGAUCGAGGUUUUUUGCCGAACAGGAACUCAGGGACGACUACUUAGAGAUGAGGGAAGGUCUUGAUAUCGGAAACAACGUCAAUUCCACGAUGCUGGUCGCCGUUCUCGGUAACCCUUGGUUCACGAACCGCUAUGUCUACUGGUGCCUGAGUGCCUUGCUGCUCAGUUGGCCGUUAAGAGUGAUCAUAGAAUAUAAGACGCAAUAUGUCGACUACCAGAUCACCAAGCUCUUCGGCGUGAAUUACGACACCCCGUCGUCCGGUGAGCCCAUCCACGCGUCCAUGAGCCAGCUCAGUCAGCCAGGCUCGUAUAUGCUGGCGCCCAGUUACAGCGAGGCGUUGCUGAUGGACCCAGCGCCCAGCAACGAGCGUGACCAAGAAAACUGGCAAGGUGUUCAGAAUGAAGCGAACGUGGAAACGGACAUGGUGCCGAGUUACUCUGAGGCGCUUCUUUACGAACGAGCCGAGCAAUCGAAUCAACAGAACGUGGUCGUGAACGUUGCCGGGAACUCGACCGACGCGACGACAUCCUGCAACAUGGACGAUCCAAGCGAGCAAAUCCUAACUACCCCGUGCGAAUACCAUUGCCCUUGCUCUUGCCACAGUAAUACCAACAACUACGAGGUCCGAGUGGACGAGCGCAGUUACAUCGAGAUCACAGCAAGCAGCGAGCGUCUGCCUGUCAGCUCACCACCAGCGAACGUGGAUGAUGACGACACCUUCGAGAGCCGGAUGGCGACGCUACGAACGACGGCCGAUGGUCGGUUGCAUCCCAUUAGGAACCGAACGCCUUGCUCCGUGGACAACACGGAGCACGGAGCGUCGCCAAGCAGGUGUGGCAGCUGCGGUCGGAUGUCCGCUAGCACACAGACGAUCAAUUCGGAUGAUCUGCCGCGCGACCAAACGAGGAUCGCGUCCGGCAGAGGUUCGCAGACUUCGUCUGUGGACUUCAUUUCCGGCGUGGCGUCUAAGAGUGGCAAGGAAGCCAUACGUUCCAACAUCUCCGAGCCGAAUCUGCGCUUACGUUCGGAACAGACGAACGCAUACGCGAAAGAGAACGUGAAGAGCCUAGGGAACAUCCUGGAGAACGAGGAGGAGUCUAUGAAGAGCGGCAAAACCAGCUGCGUCAAUACAGAGACGAACUUGCUGAACGAAAGGCCGUACCUCGUUAGACACCACAGGUGGGCUCCGCUCUCUGUUCCGCCGUCGCUUUCCCAUUCACGUUCAUUGUCUCUCGACGAGGAAAGCGUGUCCGGAAGAGCGUAUACGAGCGGUAAAGGCGCCAUCCCGAAGACCGAGCCGCGCAGCAGAAUCACCAUCAACCCAAUAUCGAACGAGGCCUGCUGGAAACUGCCAAACUCGAAGACGUAUUUCUGCCUCAAGUCGAUCCUCAAGCAGAACAGGCGAAGGUACACCUUGGUGACGGCGGACGAGUACCAGAACUUAGCGGAACAGAACGUCAGCGGAGAAGGCCUUGAGACGACGGAGGCUUAUCCGAUCGACGGGUUUGAUAGAGGCAAGAAGAGCGAUCAUGACAUUUGGGCCGAUAAAUUCGCCGAACGUUCGCGAAUGAGGGAGAAUUUCGCGAAUCCCAGGAGAAGGAUGCCGUCGUUCGAGGAAUUUAUGGUAGUAGACAGAUCGUACGCGGCCAGCGAUCAAAAUAGGGAAGGUACCAGAACGCUCAUCUUCGCCAGUCCUCUGCAAAAGAUCUCGGUCAGCGACCCAUUCGGUGGCAAGGAUCUCGUGCCUGGCAGAAGCUCGAUGGAACGCAACGUCCGAGAAGAUCCCACACCGAUGCUUGCGCGUCUCAAUCGAUCGCCGGCUGAUCGAGAUAAACGUCGCAUUCCCGAUUACACCAGGCACCGUCGUGUCUUCAAUGUCCAGCAAGAGCGCCCUGUCAUGCAUCCGUUCGUCCAUUCGCAUGCUCAACACCAGCAUCAACAUCAACACCAGCACCAGCAUCAGCAUCAGCAACAGCGUUCACACCGGUACAGAUUGUCAUCGGCGGACCACGCGGAUCGCAUGAACGACUUCGAGACCAACGAGACAUCGCAAUCCUAUCGCAGCAAUGUCUCGCUUCCACCUCAUAGCAGUCUGUUCUCCGAGCAUGCGAGCAAGAGGUCGAUGAUGAUGACCUCGAGCGAACAGUACGAUAGGUCCACCGGUGACCGUCGUCUGACUGAUUUAUAUUCACUGAACAGAAGACACCAGUGCGCCGGUCUGACCAGGUCGCUCACGGAACGACGUCCGAAGGUCGCUCGUCUGGACAGAAACUUCCGGAGAAGCUUCACAGGCAGAGUGGAGGAUUACAGGUCAGAGAACACCAGACGAACGAACUUCAGCAUGGAGACGUCAUUGUAACAAGCAUGAUCAAGCAAUCUAUCAGGGUAGACUGUGCAAGUCUCGGUUCAAAGUAACUGCGGGUAACUCGUUUGCGCAAGGUGCCUCUAAGUCUCUAAGUCGUCGGGUCAAGUCAUUUUCUCUAGAGAAAAGCAAGAUCGGUCCUAACUAGACAAUCUCGUUUCACAAAUUGUUUAUUUUCUCGGAAGUCUCAGUGAGUACAUGUAGAUUGAAAAUCACGUUGAUGUAAGACCCGUCUGAGAUAAACCAAAGAAGAAAGCCUGAUGUCUGAUUGGACGAGAGAAUCGCGUUCUUCCAAACUCUUUUUACAUCGCGACUGAUGUACACUAACUUCAGUUUGCUUUUCGUGAAAUUAGACACCGAAAUUGCGCGUUUGACAUUCAUGUAGGUAGGAAAAGUCAGAUUAUAUAAGAGAUAGCGAUCUUUAGCGGUAGCGAUGAGGGACUCUAAUUUCCUAUGAGAGACAUCUCGUUGGUGAUCUGGAGACACCUUGCGAUCACCCGCCAAGAAGAGGGAACAGUGAAUUUCUGAGCAAGUGAUCGAUUAACCGAUGUAGCUCGCUCUUAAAUACUCCAUCGUCGUGCAAGAUUUUCCUCCUCUAUCUAUAUUAUACUAUAUAGAUAGGACUUCUAUAGAAUAUCUAGUUAAGUACAGCGAGCCGUUGACCGAGUUCGGUCUAGACCGAGCUGUCGGCUCAGCCUUAAAAAAGAAAAGUUGUUACUCCUUUGUUCCACGCUACUUGUAAAUAUAUCCGUCCUACUACUUUCGAGUAACCAGAAUACGCAAACGGGUCAUGCGGUUUCGAAAGAUAUUCCAUCGCGAGCUAUUGCUCGUGACGUCUUCGCUUGAAGACGGCACUCUCUCGGCAGAGAGCCACAAAGUGUCGGGCUUCGAACUUCCGGUCGGGCUAUCGGCAAAGCUCGCGAAACGGGUCCGCGUUCACGCGCCACGCGUUUUGGCAUCAAAUACGGUCAGUUAGGAUAUUCCGUUGUUAAAUUAUCGAUUAAAUUAUCUCUCGAUAAUCGCGUUGUUAUAGGACGCUCAACUAGGAUUUGAAGGAAAUUGUGCGAUCUGUCCGCUCGAGGUUGGCGAGUUCGAGUCAACGGCAAAGUACAUCCUGACAAACACCGACUAACAGUAAACAUCAAGCAGCGCUGACGUCACGUCAAUUUGUAGUUCUCCAUUUAACAGUGCGAUUGUUACGUACAACACACACUUACAUUGUCGAGUGAGAAAUUACAACAUUGACGUAUCGUUACUUAAUGUUUGUUGCGGCAUAAUUGCAUAAAUGUUACAAUUGACGCAACCGUUACGUCGUCGAGUGAAAAAUUGUAACGGUGAUGUAAUGUUAUUUAAUGUUAUUUAAUGUCUACGGAGUAAUAUUGCAUAAAUACGUUAGGAUUGCCCACCCAAAACUGCAAGUGCAAAGUAACAUGCACUUGUAAUUGUCGCAACAAUUACAAU